AAAAAUAAUUUUGAAAAAAAUAUAUUAGACCCAUUAGUGAAAAUUCCAAAAAUACCCUUGGUAAACAUCCGUUGAAGAAAGCGCCUUCUUUUUCACAAAUCUCCAAACAAAUUUUGAAAUACGUCGUCGUCGCCGUUAACCUACCUCUUCCUUUCUUCUUUCCAUUUCUCUCUCCUCCCUCUUCUUUUAUUUCUCUCUCUAAAUUCAUUUCUUCUUUUUUUUUUUCUCUUUUCCUUUUUUUUUUUUAUUAUUAGUUUUAGAGAGAGAAAGAAGGUUCAACGACGACGAGUCAAACCCACUCCCACUCACUUUCUCUCUCCUCUCUCCUCUCUCCUCUCUCCCGCCUACUUUGACUCACUCACCUCAACUCGCCCGAGUUUUACUACUGUAACAGCAGGAGAGAGAAACUUCAAACUUCAAACUUCAAACAACAAAGAUCUGCUCAAUUUCUCACUAAUUUUUUCAGCUAUUUUCAACUUCGAAAGCAUUUUUAAAAAAUUAAGCUGAAAUCUGAAAUAAAAAUUGAAAAAAAUUGAGUAAGAGUGAUUUCCGAUCAAAGUAUAUCUUCGAAAGCGCGAGAAUCUAGGUGAAUUUUGAAGAGGGAUUAAAUAAUGAAUAUAUCACGGGGGUUGUUUGGGUGGUCCCCACCACACAUACAACCGUUAACGCCGGUAUCGGAAGUAUCGGAACCACCGGAGUCGCCGUCUCCGUACAUGGAUAUGAAUCCGGAAGGUACGGGGACGGCGGCGGAGAUGGAGGAUGAAAUGGAGGAUGAUAAUGAGGAUGAGAUCGAGCCGCCACCGGCUGCAGUUCCUUUUUCCAGACUGUUUGCUUGUGCUGACCGACUUGAUUGGUUUCUUAUGGCGGUUGGAUCGCUUGCUGCUGCUGCUCAUGGGACGGCGUUGGUUGUUUAUUUGCAUUAUUUUGCUCAGAUUAUUCAGCUUCUUUCGUUGAAGUCUGUUACUGAGGAGGACUUGCAUAGUAGGUUUAUUGAGCUCACUCUAAGAAUUGUCUAUAUAGCUGCUGGCGUGUUUGCUGCUGGGUGGAUUGAGGUCACCUGUUGGAUUCUUACCGGCGAGCGACAAACUGCUGUAAUCAGGUCCAAGUAUGUACAAGUGUUAUUAAAUCAAGAUAUGAGUUUCUUUGAUACAUAUGGAAACAAUGGAGACAUAGUUAGCCAAGUCUUGAGUGAUGUGCUGCUUAUUCAAUCAGCGUUAAGUGAAAAGGUUGGUAAUUAUAUACACAAUAUGGCAACAUUUUUCAGCGGUCUUGUUGUUGGAUUUAUCAACUGUUGGCAGAUUGCCCUGAUAACUUUAGCAACUGGGCCAUUCAUUGUUGCUGCGGGAGGAAUCUCGAAUAUAUUUCUUCACAGGCUUGCGGAGAAUAUCCAGGAUGCGUAUGCAGAAGCAGCGAGCAUUGCUGAACAGGCUGUUUCUUACAUUAGAACCCUAUAUGCAUUCACAAAUGAGACGUUGGCUAAGUAUUCUUAUGCAACAUCGCUUCAAGCAACCCUCAGAUAUGGUAUAUUAAUUAGUCUUGUGCAAGGGCUGGGGCUUGGCUUUACAUACGGACUGGCCAUUUGUUCUUGUGCACUGCAGCUUUGGGUAGGAAGAUUUUUGGUGACUCGUGGAAAAGCUCAUGGCGGGGAAAUAAUUGCAGCACUCUUUGCUGUGAUUCUGAGUGGCCUCGGGUUGAAUCAAGCAGCAACAAACUUCUAUUCUUUUGAGCAAGGACGGAUUGCUGCUUAUAGACUAUUUGAAAUGAUAAGCCGUUCAUCCUCUACUACAAAUCAUGAUGGGAACACUUUAGCUCCUGUUCAGGGUAACAUUGAGUUUCGAAAUGUGUAUUUCAGCUAUCUGUCUCGUCCUGAGAUACCUAUCCUAAGUGGGUUUUACCUCACUGUUCCUGCUAAAAAGGCUGUUGCACUUGUUGGGAGAAAUGGCUCUGGAAAGAGCAGUAUCAUUCCUCUCAUGGAGCGUUUUUAUGAUCCUACAUUAGGGGAAGUCCUCCUUGAUGGAGAGAAUAUAAAAAAUCUCCAACUGGAAUGGCUAAGAAGUCAAAUCGGUCUAGUUACGCAGGAACCGGCUUUACUAAGCUUAAGUAUCAAAGACAAUAUUGCUUAUGGGCGGUCUGUUUCUUCAGAUCAAAUUGAAGAAGCUGCUAAAAUAGCACAUGCGCAUACAUUUAUUAGCUCACUUGAGAAAGGAUAUGAUACUCAGGUGGGCCGAGCUGGUUUGGCAUUGACAGAAGAGCAGAAGAUCAAGCUCUCAAUCGCAAGGGCAGUGCUCUCUAAUCCGUCUAUUCUUCUCCUUGAUGAGGUCACUGGAGGACUUGAUUUUGAAGCUGAAAAAGCUGUUCAAGAAGCAUUGGAUCUUCUUAUGUUAGGGCGUUCCACAAUAAUAAUUGCCAGGCGGCUUAGUUUGAUUAAAAAUGCUGAUUACAUAGCUGUCAUGGAAGAGGGUCAACUUGUUGAAAUGGGCACACAUGAUGAAUUACUGAACUUGGAUGGUCUUUAUGCUGAACUUCUUAAAUGUGAAGAGGCAGCCAAACUUCCUAGGAGGAUGCCAGUAAGGAAAUACAAAGAGGGAGCAACUUUCCAGAUUGACGGUGACUUGUCUGCAAGCCACAACUUCCAAGAAUCAUCAUCUCCUAAAAUGGCGAAAUCACCAUCUCUUCAGAGAGUUUCUGGUGGCCAUGCUUUUCGGAUGUCAGAUGCUGCUUUUAGCUCUCUAGAGUCACCAAAUGUUCGAAGUCCGCCUUCUGAGCAGUUAAAGGAAAAUGGUAAUGGCAAUUUAUUAGAUGAAGCAGAGAAGGAACCAUCUAUGACCAGGCAGGACAGUUUUGAAAUGAGACUGCCAGAGUUACCAAAAAUUGAUGUUCAAGCUGCACGACGACAAACCUCUAAUGCAUCAGAUCCUGAAUCCCCAGUUUCACCACUUUUAACAUCUGAUCCCAAAAAUGAACGUUCCCAUUCACAAACCUUUAGUCGCCCUAAUAGUGAAAUUGAUGACAUGCCAACAGUUAAAGAAAAGAAGGAUUCACAAAAUCGUAAGCCACCUUCAUUUUGGAGGCUAGUUGAGCUUAGCCUUGCAGAAUGGCUGUAUGCAGUUUUAGGAAGCAUUGGUGCAGCUAUAUUUGGUUCCUUUAAUCCUCUUCUUGCUUAUGUUAUUGCAUUGAUAGUAACCACUUACUACAGAUUUAGUGAAGGUCACCAUCUACGGCAUGAGGUUGACAAAUGGUGCUUGAUCAUUGCAUGCAUGGGUAUUGUGACUGUGGUUGCCAACUUCUUGCAGCAUUUUUACUUUGGUAUUAUGGGAGAGAAAAUGACUGAAAGAGUCAGGAGGAUGAUGUUUUCAGCUAUGCUACGAAAUGAAGUUGGAUGGUUUGAUGAUGAGGAAAAUAGUGCCGACACUUUAUCCAUGCGAUUGGCUAAUGAUGCAACAUUUGUUCGUGCUGCCUUUAGUAAUCGUCUUUCUAUCUUUAUACAAGAUAGUUCUGCGGUAAUAGUGGCUGUUCUCAUUGGAAUGUUGUUACAAUGGCGAUUAGCCCUGGUGGCUCUAGCAACACUUCCAGUCCUCACCAUCUCUGCUGUUGCGCAGAAAUUAUGGCUUGCCGGAUUUUCUAGGGGAAUUCAAGAAAUGCACAGAAAAGCAUCUUUAGUCCUUGAAGAUGCAGUAAGAAAUAUCUAUACUGUUGUGUCUUUUUGUGCGGGAAACAAGGUGAUGGAGCUCUACAGAAUGCAGUUGAAGAAAAUACUCAGGAAGAGCUUUCUUCAUGGGAUGGCAAUUGGUUUUGGUUUUGGCUUUUCUCAGUUUCUUCUAUUUGCCUGUAAUGCGCUUCUUCUGUGGUACACGGGGAUAUCUGUCAAGAACAAGUACAUGGAUCUUUCUACAGCUCUCAAAGAAUACAUGGUAUUCUCCUUCGCCACCUUUGCUCUGGUAGAGCCAUUUGGUUUAGCUCCCUACAUUCUUAAACGCCGGAAAUCUCUCAUCUCUGUAUUUGAAAUAAUUGAUCGCGUGCCUAAGAUUGAACCAGAUGAUGCCUCUGCCCUCAAACCGCCCAAUGUUUAUGGAAGCAUAGAAUUUAAGAAUGUUGAUUUUUGUUAUCCAACACGUCCAGAAGUCCUAGUGCUGAGCAAUUUCAAUCUCAAAGUUGGGGGUGGUCAAACUGUUGCUGUAGUUGGAGUAUCAGGUUCUGGGAAGAGCACUAUAAUCUCUCUGAUAGAGAGAUUUUAUGAUCCUGUUGCUGGUCAGGUUUUCCUAGAUGGGAGAGAUCUGAAGCAGUUCAACUUGAGAUGGUUGAGGAGCCAUCUAGGUGUAGUUCAGCAGGAACCAGUAAUUUUCUCGACUACAGUAAGGGAAAAUAUCAUCUAUGCAAGGCAUAAUGCUAGUGAAGCUGAAGUAAAAGAAGCAGCAAGGAUUGCAAAUGCUCAUCAUUUCAUUAGUAGUUUGCCCCAUGGCUAUGACACCCAUGUCGGUAUGAGAGGUGUAGAUUUAACUCCUGGGCAGAAACAGCGAAUAGCUAUUGCUAGAGUGGUACUGAAAAAUGCACCCAUCUUGCUGUUAGACGAGGCAAGUUCUGCUAUUGAGUCAGAAUCUAGUAGAGUAGUGCAGGAAGCCCUGGAUACGCUAAUUAUGGGAAAUAAAACAACCAUUCUCAUCGCCCACAGGGCUGCAAUGAUGAGACAUGUGGACAAUAUUGUUGUACUUAAUGGUGGUCGGAUAGUUGAGGAAGGGGCACAUGAUGCUUUGGUAGCAAAGAAUGGGUUGUAUGUUCGUUUGAUGCAGCCUCAUUUUGUAAAAGGACGUCGCCACAAUCGACUAGUUUAGAUUGGACUACGGUAUUGAUCUUUGUUUUUGGAUCAGUCGAAGGUGAUCUCAGUCAGCCCUAGUAUAUAUUGUUGACUCUUUAAGUAAAUGUUAAUUAUUAUUUUAGUCACAAUCUCACAAAGAUUGGGAGAGGAAAGAGUUGGAGGCUUCAUGGUUUGGCCAUGGUAACAGUAAUAGGUCUUUACACUUGGUGAAUAUAGGAUCUAAUUAGGCUGUGUGGAGUUCUAUUAGCCUCUGGAACGGGCUGUCGGAGGUCAGUGCAUUUUUUGGAGACAGCUUGUAAGUAGCCCUUGGGUUGCUUCGUCCGGAUGAAUCAUUUAUUAAUAUUUAUCAAUUCUAUUGGGGAAAAGUGUAUUAUUUUUGGGUGAUUUUUUUUCUUAUUUUUUGUUGCUGUGCUAGGUUUCUUUUCACCUAUUGUAUUGAUUUAAGAAUUUAUUUACCGGUGUAAUAUUUUUAACAUAGAACCCUUGAGUAGUGAGGAGUGGAGAAUUAGUUGUAAUUUUCUGUAAAUAUACGAAGUAUAUACAGGAUACUGCGUUUUGAAUCAUUUUUGAUUGUUGAGCUUUGGAGUGUCAA